AUGACGUCCGAACUAGACGGCGCCACUAACCUUUCGACCCUAGGUUUCGCGAUCAACCAACCCCCUCUCCUCUACCGCCUCUUCCAAAUUCAAUCUGAAGCAUUAAGAAUGCCACCAAACUUGCAACCACCCCCUCUCUAUCCUCCCCGUCGCGUCAUCAACCUGUUUGACGAGACCAAAGCCACAACGGGUAUAACCCAAGUCGACCUCUCUUCCGCCUUUGACCUCCCGCGUAUUGCAUCCAUUUACUCUAUUCUCCCACCCAAGAAGGAAAUCAAAUGUACCGUUCAACCCAAUGUACACCACUUUGUGUUCAUGGUGAAUGGGAGUGGCGCGUUGUACACGGAUACGGAGGCCAAGCAGCUCACGCAGUGGGACUGCUUUGCGUUUCCACCGAGUAAGACGGCGAGGUCGUAUACGCUUGUAGGGAGUAAGGAAGGUGGAGGGUUUGUUAUCGACAGAGAACCCCCCGAAUUCCCUACGAUCGUACCCUCUUACUCUAAAACCGAAUGGACAGGCACCGGCGUUCACACCAAGAAAAAAGCAGUCCUCACCUCUCUGACCGACAUAUCCUGUACCAAAACCUCCAUGCGCCAAUGGAACGUGACCAUCGAGUGCCUCUUAACUGGCACACAAACUUCGUACCCGCACGCUCACUCGGAAGAAGACGAGUUCGUGGUGAUGCUAGCGGGCAAGGCGCGGUACUGGUAUAAUGGGGAGGAACCUGAACAAUUGCUGGUCGCUGGAGACUGUGUGGGGUGGAAGGCGGGGAGCGGUGUUGCGCACGCUAUCCUAAACGAUGCGGACGGUCCCAACACUUAUGAUGGCGCGGUGGCCGUUCUAUUGACAUUUGGCGAAGUCAAAGAUGGCGACAAGCUCUACUACCCCACCAAAUUCCACGACCGCCAAGCCGCAGCGGACGCAACCAGCAAAGGGUUUUGGAAAGGAGGACCCAAAAUGCCAGUAGGAGGCGCAGCAGACGUACCAAGGUUCGCAAGAACAGAAGGAAUGCCGUACCCCGUCUGGGAGUCCAAGGGAAGAAACAUUGUCGCCAAAGAGAUCAAGAAGACGGAACUCCUCCGCCUCAUCCACACUUGUCAUCCCGCCGCCGCCUCUCCGCCCCUGUCCCCAGCCUCUGCACUGCAAGGCAACACGACGGAUCCCCCCUUGGCUCGCCAAGACGGCCACUAA